AUAUUUCAUCACAAGCAUAUACAAAUAAAAACAUUUAUAUUUUUUAAUGUAAUUAUAUAUUAUUUAUCCAAACCGAAGCGCCGACCAGAGCCUAGUAAAUAACUAAACCAUGACAUCGAACGAACGAAUUUAUUGUUUAUAGUCGUCCAUCAUCCUCUCUUUUUUUUCAAUGCUCUUGUUGUUUCUUGAGGACGAACAUGUCUAGUUAUUUAAAAUUUUCUUGCCCAGACAAGUUAGGUUGGAUUAUUGCAUUUGUCCUUUAAAAAAUCCACAGAUUAAUAUUAUUAUACUAUUAAUGAGUCGUCCUCGAAACCAAAUAAUUUAAGUCCGAACCGACAUCACCGUCCUCGGUGCAUGCCCCCACAUUCCUUCUGCAUACCCACGCUCAUUACACGCUUUAUCCUCGCCGCAUCCAAUUUCUUCUUUAGUAAAAUGUUUUUCUUUUCUUUUCUGGUAAAUGCUCAAAUGGGCAAAAUCUUUGAUUGGUGCAAAAUGCCAAAUGCCAAAAUUUGAUUUGUUUCCAUUCCCCCUUGUAUGCAAAUUCCCCCACUUGCUUGGAUUGCCCAACAAAGGGAAGAGCAUUGAUUUAAUUGUCAGGAAAAAUAAAAAAAAAGGGCUGGCAAAAGCCAGGAGAAUGUGACACUGCAGCUAAACCAGCAAAAAAGACUUGCACCAAUCACGGAAUUGCUGCCUCUUUUGCCGCUUUGGAUUUCUUCUUCGCAAACACCAAAAUAAAUGAAUAAAAACGAAGUUCAUGGAAUAUCUGUAUUCGCCAUUUAUUGAUUCGUGGAAUGCUUCUUUGUCUAUGGUGUUGGAGUUGACUAUUCACCAACUGACAAAAAUUACGAAACGUCUCAACAUAUACUACGUGUUCAUCAUUUUAAGACAAAGAAGCAUCACCAAAGUUUCUCAAUUUUUGGCUCCUUAUUCCCCUCUUGUUUUUUUUUUAUUAUUAUUUUCUUUUUCCUUCGUUGGGUUGGGUGAGGAUCCAUCUAAAGUCGAGGCAAGAAAGAACGAUCAUCAAGGCAAUCUUGGAUCUCUCAAAUCUCUUCUUAUUGGUCACGGAAAAAGAAGUCAUCCAUUUCCAAGAUUUGUUGAGAGAGAGAAAAGGGGGCUUACAAUUGAUAGAUAUACAAUGGGAGUACGAUAGAAGUGAAUCAAUCUUGGAAAUGAAAGAAAGAAAGGUAUGACUCGAACCCUCAUAUCAAGAGAAGAGGUGAAAAUUAUUUUAUCCAGACAGAAUUUCUCAUACUGCAAAUUUUUGGACAUUCAUUAGUUGCCAAAUAUUUGCCCCUUGUCUUCUUGUUUGUUCAAAUGUAUUAUAUAUAGCCUUUUGUGUUAGGACACUACUAUUCCAAUAAAUAGCUGGAUAGUGAGUUGAUCAUAUUUGCUAAGAAUUAAAGAUACAAACUGUGAAGAAAGUGAGUAGAAAAGAGAGAUUUUUUUUUUUUGUUGACAAUAUGAGCAACAAGAAACCAGCUGUGAAGCUAGAUGAUGAGCAAAUCGCCGAGCUACGUGAGAUAUUUCGUUCUUUUGAUAGAAACAAUGAUGGAAGCUUAACGCAGCUUGAGUUAGGCUCACUCUUGCGGUCCUUAGGACUAAAACCUCGUCCUGAUCAGCUUGAAACCUUAAUUCAGAAGGCAGAUACAAACAGCAACGGUUUAAUUGAAUUCUCAGAGUUUGUGGCUCUGGUAGCACCAGAGCUGCUUCCGGAGAAGUCACCAUAUAGUGAGGAGCAGCUAAAGCAUCUGUUCAAGAUGUUUGAUCGAGAUGGUAAUGGGUUUAUUACAGCAGCCGAGUUGGCGCAUUCGAUGGCAAAACUAGGGCAUGCCCUUACCGCAGAGGAGUUGACAGGGAUGAUCAAGGAGGCAGACACGGAUGGGGAUGGAAGAAUAAGUUUCGAGGAGUUUUCGCAGGCAAUCACAUCAGCUGCUUUUGAUAAUUCUUGGGUUUGAAGCAACUGGUGUUGUUUCUGGUAUGUUCUGUUCUGUUUGAUUGGUUCAUAUCACUCUCAAAAGCCACUAGCUUUUCUGGGAAAUGAUCUUCUGUUUUGUAUGAAACUGCAUGGAAUGCUGAAUUGUUGUCUACACUUUGAAUAUGGGAUUCUGCUUGAAAUGUGCCUAGCGCCAUUAAAAUUAAUCUUAAUUCAACAAA